GACAUUGGAAGACGCUUUUUCUGCAGCUGUCGGCAUUCGGCAAUGCAUGGGGAGCUUCUGAGGUAGGAACUGGAUGUUGGUGGGGCAGAGCGGCAGGUCUGGCUCUUUAGCAAGAUUAAAGGAAACCAAAACACUCAUUAGAGUAAACAGAGUAAUUUUUCUCCCCAUCGUGACCUGAAAAAUAUAAAAUUGUAUACAAACCAUCCACGAUUACCUAAGUACAUCACCUUUAAAUACGAUGUUUAGUUCUGAUACUUACGUCGGUUGGAAAACUUAAAAAUUUAAAUGAAUACCUAUUCCUAGUCAAUUUUAAAUAUUUUUUCGUUGCAGCUACUUCCGUUUUGUAGCAUUGCCUUCUGGUGGGUGACUGCCCAGAAACAUUUAUAGCAGACCUUUAUGUUCACCGUAUCCUUUAACUCAGUACAGCAGAACAAUGCUUCCACACCUGUACAUACUGCGUAAUAUGGUCGUGUAAUAGUUUUGGACAAUGGAGUCUUUGUGAGAGUAGGACCGAUAUUUGAUUAAAUUAAUACAAGAAGGAUUCCGCUAUCAUAUCAUACUAUUUCAAUCCGGUAGAGUGAUGUCACAGUUAAUUAAUAAUGCUACUGUAAUUAUGGUUAGUAAUCACAGAUUCUGAACGAGAUCAAAAUAUUUACUUUAGGUAAGUAGUACACCUACCUACAACAUCAGAAAAUUAUCAUAAUAAAAAAAUACAGUUUUGCUAAAACCCGUUCAUUAUUAACUACAAAAACAAUAUUAGGUAAUAACUUAGUAAAAACAAUAGGUGUUUGUAACAAGAAGUGUAGUUACAAGGCAGUUAAAAAAUCAACCUCCUUUUGUGCCAUAAUCACUCAUGGGGUUAAUACAUAACGCUACAGUAUUUAUUGAGGCUGAAGCACGAAAAUACUUCACUUGAACUUCGGCAGAGGUAAUUGAUACUCCAUAUUGAAAAUCUUAACACGAGUAAAUGAAGAAAUCCCUCAGUAUAUUUAUAGGUAAAUCAGUAUAUUAUUUAAACUUUAUUUUCCAGAUGGGGCUCCAUAAUGCAUUAUUUCGUCUGUCAGUGGUGUUACAAAUAUUCUCCAACGCAUACAGCCAGUUCAAUCCGGGCCAACCAUUCUCCUUUCCGAGUGGAAAUGGCAUGACUUCCAUGAGUUUCUCCGGACCUGGCGCUCCUUCCCUCAGUGGUGGAAAUCCUCAAUUCCCCAGCGGCUUACCUGCUGCGUUGUCGCAGUUCACCAACAGCAUGAUGGGCAUGGGAGGCUCCAAGAUGCCUAUGGUGAUGAUGCCCAUACCGUCCAACAAUCACAUCAGAAUAGAGAAACGGGAAAGGACAAAGAGGCGGCACAGGAGACACAAGUCGAAGAAGUCCAAGAGAGACAAGGAUUCGUGGGAGUCGGACGAAAGCUCGGAAAAGUACAGGCGAUCAAGUGACAGGAUAAAGAAGAAUAUGAACAGGAAGCUGUCAGGGAAAAGCCGUCAGGACCUGACUCCGGUAGUGUCGUAUGUGACGAAGGACGGCUACGUCGUCUACCAGAAGAAGAUCCAGAAGGAGCAGGCUAGCGACUGGCUGGAAAUGGGUAAGAACAUCAAGGUGACCCAGGACGAUACUGUGGAGAACUCUAUUGAAGCCUCUGAUGAGAAGAAGUCGAGAAGACGGUCUAAGAAACGCGAAGACUCAGAUAGUAAUGAUGAUGAAGAUUAAUUAGGAGUUUCUGUUAAUUUUAUGUAAUGGAUGUUUAUAUGUCUGUAGACAUUCGUUUUUUAUUUUUUUCUAUUCAGUACACAUAAUAAAAUAUACGAGUAGUUUCUUGAAAUUAGUAUAAUAAUUUUAUUUUAUUGUGGCAUCAACAGAACUUGUCACUCAUCAUGUCGUUGCUUAGG